CGCGCCGGGGCAGGCGCCGAGCAGGUGGCCGCAGGCAGCGGGCAGCUCCGCGGCAUGUGAGCGGCCCGGCCUGCCGCGCUCCCCCAGCCAGGCAGCGAGCGGCCCUCGUCCCGCCCUGCUCCUACCCGUACCCCGGUCCCCUGACCGUACUUCUGCAGCGGGGCACCCGCAGCGGCGGUCCGGCGGCGGCGGUGGCCGGAGGCUGAGCGCCGCGCCCCGCCGGGGGGCGGCCGUGGCGGAGGGCGGAGAGGCGGAGGAGGAGGAGGAGGAGGAGGAAGGCUGCGCGGGGCCGGAGGGACGCGGGAGCCCCCCGGCAGCGCAGGAUGAAAGUCACCGUGUGCUUCGGGAGGACGCGGGUGGUCGUGCCCUGCGGGGACGGCAACAUGAAAGUUUUCAGCCUCAUCCAGCAAGCGGUGACCCGGUACAAGAAGGCGAUCGCCAAGGAUCCAAACUAUUGGAUACAAGUACAUCGGCUGGAGCAUGGGGAUGGUGGCAUCUUGGAUCUGGAUGACAUUCUCUGUGAUGUUGCUGAUGACAAAGACCGUCUGGUGGCUGUGUUUGAUGAGCAAGAUCCUCACCAUGGAGGCGACGGCACCAGUGCCAGCUCAACAGGCACACAGAGUCCUGAGAUUUUUGGCAGUGAGUUGGGGUCCAACGCAGCAUCAGCCUUUCAGCCCUACCAAGCAACAAGUGAAAUUGAGGUCACCCCUUCAGUCCUCCGUGCAAAUAUGCCUCUUCAUGUACGGCGGAGUAGUGACCCUGCACUGAUUGGCCUUUCAACCUCUGUAAGUGAUACAAAUUUUUCUUCAGAAGAGCCUUCACGGAAAAACCCUACAAGGUGGUCCACAACAGCAGGCUUUCUCAAGCAGAACACCUCUGGUGUACCCACUACACAUGACAGAAAGAAAGAUGAAAACUACAGAAGCCUACCACGAGAUACUAGUAGCUGGUCUAACCAGUUUCAGAGAGACAAUGCUCGUUCAUCGUUAAGUGCCAGUCAUCCCAUGGUGGACAAGUGGCUGGAGAGGCAAGAACAGGAUGAAGAUCGAACAGAGGAGGACAACAGCAGAGUUGAGCCUGUUGGACACGCAGACACUGGCUUGGAGAGCAAUACCAAUUUUUCCCUGGAUGAUAUGGUAAAGCUCGUAGAAGUCUCCAACGACGGUGGGCCUUUGGGAAUCCAUGUAGUGCCUUUCAGUGCCCGAGGUGGAAGAACCCUGGGGCUACUAGUAAAGCGACUGGAGAAAGGUGGAAAAGCUGAACAAGAAAAUCUUUUUUGUGAGAAUGAUUGUAUUGUCAGGAUUAACGAUGGGGACCUUCGGAAUAGGAGAUUUGAACAAGCACAGCAUAUGUUUCGCCAAGCCAUGCGUACGCCAUUCAUUUGGUUCCAUGUGGUCCCUGCAGCAAAUAAAGAACAGUACGAGCAAUUGUCCCAAAGCGAGAAGAACAUGUACUACUCCAAUCGGUUCAGCCCUGAUUCCCAGUAUAACGACAGCAAAAAUAUUCACAAUUCUGGACUUCACACGUUACAAAGAAUGUCUAGAGCGGGUAACCAGUCUGAUCAGACCGAGUCCUACUCGCAGCUACCUCAUAGUGUGAGUUCAUCAGGGAAACCACCAUCGGGCCUGGCACCGUCGCCUCAGAAAGUUCUCACCUCCACUGCAAACAGCGGGUAUAACACCAAAAAGAUAGGGAAGAGGCUCAGUAUACAGCUAAGAAAAGGUACAGAGGGCCUGGGAUUUAGCAUUACUUCAAGAGAUGUUCCAAUUGGUGGCUCUGCUCCAAUUUAUGUGAAAAACAUCCUUCCAAGAGGUGCAGCUAUUCAAGAUGGGAGACUAAAAGCUGGAGACCGAUUAAUCGAGGUGAAUGGAGUUGACUUAACAGGCAAAACUCAAGAGGAAGUUGUAUCCUUGCUGAGAAGCACCAAGAUGGGAGGGACUGUCAGCCUCCUGAUUUUUCGACAGGAAGAAACAUUCCACCCAAGGGAACUGAAUGCAGAACAAAGCCAGUCACAAAUUCCAAAGGAAACGAAAGCAGAAGAAGAAGAGCUUGUUCUCACACCUGAUGGCACCAGGGAAUUCCUGACAUUUGAAGUUCCACUUAAUGACUCUGGAUCAGCUGGACUUGGUGUGAGUGUCAAAGGGAAUCGGUCAAAAGAAAAUCAUGCCGAUUUAGGAAUCUUUGUCAAGUCCAUCAUUAACGGUGGAGCAGCAUCCAAGGAUGGCAGGCUUCGAGUGAACGAUCAACUAAUAGCAGUAAAUGGAGAAUCAUUACUAGGCAAAACAAAUCAAGAUGCUAUGGAAACUUUAAGAAGAUCCAUGUCCACUGAAGGAAACAAACGAGGAAUGAUUCAGCUUAUUGUGGCAAGGCGAAUAAGUAAAUGCAAUGAGCUGGAGUCACCUGGGAGCCCGUCUGGUCCAGAGCUGCCCAUAGAGACACUGCUGGACGACAGGGAGCGGAGGAUUUCCCAUUCCCUGUACAGUGGGAUUGAGGGGCUCAGUGAGUCGCCUACGAGGAAUGCUGCACUGAGCAGGAUCAUGGGUAAAUAUCAGCUUUCUCCAACAGUGAACAUGCCCCAAGAUGACACUGUCAUUAUUGAGGAUGACAGGCUGUCUGUACUCCCUCCGCACCUCUCUGACCAGUCUUCAUCCAGUUCCCAUGAUGAUGUUGGGUUUGGCACUGUUGAUACUGGUGGAUGGGCUAAAGCUGCAAUUAAUGAGUCGACAGACUGCACUCUUAGUCCAGAUGUUGAUCCAGUGCUUGCCUUCCAGCGAGAGGGUUUUGGACGCCAGAGCAUGUCAGAAAAGCGUACAAAGCAGUUUUCAGAUGCCAGUCAGUUGGAGUUUGUUAAAACACGAAAAUCCAAAAGCAUGGAUCUAGGUAAUUCUGAAGUGCGGAAGCUAGUAACCUUAAACAUAGCUGACGAGACUAAGCUCAGUACAAUGGAUGACCAGAAAACAGGUUCCCCAACCAGAGAUGUAGGGCCUUCAUUAGGUCUGAAGAAAUCCAGCUCAUUAGAAAGUCUGCAGACAGCCGUUGCUGAGGUGACUCUCAAUGGUGAUAUUCCCUUCCACCGCCCCCGCCCACGAAUUAUCCGAGGACGAGGCUGCAAUGAAAGCUUCAGAGCUGCCAUAGACAAAUCGUAUGAUAAACCUGUAGCAGAUGAUGAUGAUGAAGGCAUGGAAACUUUGGAGGAAGACACAGAGGAAAGUUCAAGAUCUGGUAGAGAAUCUGUUUCCACAGCAAGUGACCAGCCAUCCCACUCACUGGAGAGACAGAUGAAUGGAAGCCAAGAUAAAGGCGACAGAAAAAAGGCUGGAAAAGAAAAGAAAAAAGAUCGAGAUAAAGAAAAGGAUAAAAUUAAAGCAAAGAAAGGAAUGCUGAAAGGUUUAGGAGACAUGUUCAGGCAGUGGUGAUUAUGGCAGAUAUAUCACUUCUGCGGGUGACAAAGUCCAGAGAAGGCAACUUUCCAAGACCACUGCGGUUCUGCCAGGCUGACCACUGCUGGGAUGACCACAGAGCUUGUCAGAGAUUGGCCCUGGAAAGUCUCCUGCCUGACUGAUGAAAUGUGGCCACCCUUUGAAAUACCUGGGAAACAACCAGCAACGUUUUCUUGAAGCUCUAUAGGGAAUGUCCCCAAGAGCAAAAGAUGAUCAGAAGGUGUCGUGAAAGAGAAGAAGGGAUGUUGUCACAGCUUGCUCCCAAGCCAAAGCAAACUGAACCCUCUGCCUAUGUUGAAGCACAGCAUGAAUGUGGCUUGUUCUGGACGUGGACAGUUGGAUCUGGAAACUCAAACCAUCAAUUCUUGCUAGGUUUGCAUUAUGUGUUAAUGUGAGAAGUGCUUGGCCCGCAAUCAAGGGUUAUUAGAAAUACACUGUGUACUUUUUUUUUGUAGGGCAUUGAUUUCAAUAAAUUUCUGCUCAUAUAAUUACUUGAUUUUUUGGUGGUAGAAAUGCUAUUUUGCUGCCCAAAUCUGAUAGAUAGUAAUGGAGAUCCAAUUUCACUUUUUUUGUUUGUUUGUUUGUUUGUUUUUUGUUUUUUUAACCACUAGCUCAUUUUCAAAAAUGCACUGGCUGUUCCAGAAGUUGGUUCUUUUAGUUUACCUGACAUUUGAAUGAAGCAAGGGAAGGGCAGCAGGGAGGAGCAAACACAAGCAUCCCAGAGAUGCUGUGCCACAGCACUACAUAUGUUGUGCAUCUCCCACAGCCCGGCAUCUUCUGUCACUCAGAGCCCUACCACCCCAGCACUCCUUGUGCAUCAGGGUAAAAUGGCUCUGUUCCACAGUUUUUCUGCCAAGGUUUUACUUCUCUCUUGGCUACAAGAUUUAAGACUAUUUUAAAUUACCUAUUCUUUUUUGUAUAAUGUAAGACAUCCAGAAGUUGACUGGAAUCUCUUGUCAUAUAUGUAACUGUUUUGUAUAAUAGCUUUGACUGCCCUUUAAUAAAUAGAUAGGUGUUUUAAAAGAUACGUGGUGGUAUUUCUAGUCACUGAAUUUAAGUAUGACAGUUUUAUGUAAAACACAUCAUAAAACCAGAGAUUUCACUUUUUGUGGUAUUUUAUGUUUCUUAACCCUAUCAUGUCCUCCGCCUUUCAUUUUUCGGAUAAUUAUUAAUGAACAAUUUUAGCUUUCAUAUGCCUGAAUUACUUUGGAAGCGAGCAGUCUGGAACUGUGGAAAACAGCCAUGCACUUUACAGUUUGUGUACAUGCUCCUGCACUGCACAUUUGUUGGUUGUUUUUGUUGUUGUUGUUUUAGCAGCUGUUCUAAGAUCCACAUACGUGGUUACUCAGUAUAAUGCUCUCUCUUCACUGGGUGAUCAGAAAUGAAUCUUUCUGCUGGUUCCUUCACUGUACAUUAUGUUUUCUGCCCACACAAUGGCUUUGUACUGGUAUGAAUAGGAACAAGAAGGAAAAUGCUAUAAAUGCCUGGUGAACUCUAAAUAUUAUAAACAGUGUAUUUUCAGGGGCCAGAAGAAAGUUUUAAGAACUCUGUUUUGUUUCACUGAUUGUGAGCAUUCUGGAUGUCUGCAACAUUGCAGGACAUUGCAUAUUUCAGUGUUUGCUUUUGUAUUUUGCUGUGGGCUUUUGUGUGCAAAGUACCCCAACUAUCAUUCCAGGAAGUAAAAUUCUUGCUGCGUUUAGUGUGAUAAAUGAUGCCGUAUUUAAUAGGUAAGUAUUAUAAGAAGAUUGCUGUGUAACAGAUAUGUGUUAUACUUCCAGCCUUAAAUAGACAGAAAAUGGUCAUCUUGGUCAUCUAGUCUCAGGCUAUGUUUAGACUUUGGAUUUCUCUGUAUAAAAAUCACUCCUUUCAAAGUUGAUCUGAAAUGCCUAACAAAUACACAAAAUUUUGUCCUAAUAAUAGCUAAAUAUCUCAAAUGUCAGACCGUGCUCUGCCUGAAAGUCUAAAAAAAUCCAGUGGAAUGUGCAAAUAUGGAAGAAACCUAAACUACUUGAAAUGUAGCCUGUAGAGGGGUAAGAGAUACGAGGAGGGCAAACAUUGGGCUGGCAACAUCUUCUGUCUGGGACCGCCAGACCAGUGCCAGCCUCUGCCCUCAUUCAUUGCACAGAAUACCCUUGGGGGAGAACAAUGUUUAAAAAACCCUUAAACCCUUAGUGCUGGAAAAGAAUACAUUUCUAUUUUGGAUGUUGUCCACUGUGUGCUGAAACUGCUUUUGUGGGGAGGUUGUGGGCGGUGGUGCUGCUUAUUGGGCAGUUGUUGGACAUACGGCUGUUUGUCUUUUGCAGUUCAUUUGUGAAAGCCUUCACUUAAUGUAAACUUUAUUUGCAUUCUUUGGCAGUGAGGGUGUUGAGUAAUUUAUGAAACAUUGCUUGACCAUGUAUUCAAAAACAGCGGCCCUGUCAGAAAUAAGGAGACACUAUCCUUUUCUUGUUUUGUUGUGUUCUUUAGGGAAGAAUUCUAUAAGCUUCUAAGAGGAGUAAAGAAAAAAAACAAAAAAAAACCAAAAAAAACACAAAAAACCAGAACAACCUACACAGAAAAAACCAAACACAACAAAAACCAGAACAACAAAAAAAGCUCAGCAACAAAAGCAGCCUGAAAGUAUUACAUAUUGUGAUUCUGAGGUCUUUGCACUAUCCCUUGCUGGUUUUCAAGCAGCAAGGAUUAUUUUUGUCAUAGGAAAAGGAAAAUACAGUUGUGUUCAUUUCACAAGUUAGAUUCUUUUUUUGUGUGUUAU